AUGCCUGGCACCAGGAAGGAGAACCGAGUCAAGAAGGGCCUUGAGCAGGCCACAGCUAGCCAGGAGCCAGCCUGGGAUGAAAUCCCGGAGCUGGUGAGGUCAGCGCCGCUCGGCCCUAACCGGUACUUCGACUGGGAGUUGCCGCCUCUGCACAAGCUGGAGGAUAUUUUCAAGGAUCUUGCCGACAAGGCCUUGACCCAAGGCUUUGCAGAUGUCCUGAGUCACCUGGGACAGCGGCCGCUGCGGGUGGCGACGAUGUGUUCGGGCACCGAAAGCCCGUUACUGGCGCUGGAGAUGAUCCAGCGAGCCCUCGGUCCCGGUCUGGACCUCCGCAUUUCGCACCUCUUCAGUUGCGAAAUCGUUCCGUUCAAGCAGGCGUACAUUGAACGGAACUUUCGCCCGCCCAUUAUCUUCAGGGAUAUCCUGGAGCUUGGGUGCGAUGAGGCGCGGACCGCGUAUGGGUCCUUGGAGGCAGUCCCGGGCAAGCUGGACAUCCUGGUCGCGGGCACCGCCUGUGUGGACUUCUCGCUGCUUAACAACAGCAAGAAGUCGAUCGAGGAAUGUGGUGAGUCCGGGGGUACCUUCCGGGGCUUGUUGCGGUACGCGGAGAAGUAUCGGCCGCGACUGAUAGUGCAGGAGAAUGUGCGCAGUGCGCCGUGGAACCAGUUCGCCGAGUACUGGCAAAGCAUCGGCUAUUUCUCUGUCUUCGCCGCCCUGGACACCAAGUCCUUUUACAUCCCGCAGACCCGGGAACGCGGAUAUAUGAUUUGUAUCGAUAUCUCGCGGCUCCAGCAUGUGGGCAUGUUCAAGGAUCCGAAGAGCGACGUCGACGCCAAGAUGCUUUCCAAGCAGCUGCUUGGUGUUAUCAACGGGUUCAAGCGCACGGCAAGUUCCCCUGCCGGCAUGUUUCUCCUGGGCGAGGAGAAUCGGCGCCUGGAGCAGGUCGAGAAGGAUCUCUCGAUUCGCGGGGAGAUCGCCAGCGAUCGUGCCGAGAUCAGCUGGGACAGAUACCAGGUGCGACACCAGCGCCACCGCGAUGAGCUGGAACUGGGCAAUGAGCGACCCAUAAGUCGUUCUCAAAGCUACAAUGUCUGCCGCCCCCCCGACUUUUAUUGGAAGGGGUACUUCAAGACGCAGUGUGAACGGGUGUGGGAGACCCUUGACAUUUUCUUCUUGAAGAUGCUGGCGCAGGGAUUCGACAUGAGCUUUAAAGAACGCUGGGUCGACUUAUCCCAGGGCGUGGACCGUUCCAAUUCUGGCAAGGGAAGCUCUGCCUUUGGCGUGGCCGGAUGCCUUACUCCGCAUGGAAUGCCUUUUGUCACCACUCGUGGUGGACCCCUUUGUGGCAUUGAAGCGUUGGCACUGCAAGGCCUGCCAUUGGAUCGGAUGCUCCUUACGAGAGAAACCCACAGCAACCAUCAGGACUUGGCUGGCAAUGCAAUGACGUCGACCGUUGUUGGAGCCGUCAUGCUGGCAGCAUUGAUCGUCGGCCAGAAAGUUCUUGACAAGGGUACCGAAUCAAUUGAACUUCAAGAAACCCUGACAGCCGCUCAAUCUCUCGUACAGAAGAAGGACAGCCACACCCUCGUGAACAGCAAUAUCGAGAUCGCCCAGGUCUGCACCGUGGACCAAGACCAACUCCGAGCGAAGGCCGUGAGCAGCGCCAGAUGCUGCAUUUGUGAGCGACAGACCGGAGUUAAGGCCGAUAUUGUCGAAUGCAUCUUGUGUGGAUAUACUGGCUGCAGCACAUGUUCAGGAAAUCCCUCGCAUUCAUUUCAGCCUUCAGAAAUUUCGCGUACACCACCCCUGGACUUUAUUGUUUGUUUAAAAGGACUCUUGCCCAUGCAGCUGAAGCUGUCUGGAAUCUCUGGGGAAGUCAUUGACGGACUCAAAGAGCACCUACCAAAGAACACCUGUUUGGGUAAUUUCUGGGAUCAAUAUGUGGAGGUUUUCACUUUGGCACUGAGUGACCAGAUUCGAUUCGUGGAUAUCAACCGUGCAGAGCACUGGAAAGCAGAGUACGAAGGCAGACAUUCCAUCCUCCGCCUGGACAUCAGCGCAGACCGUCUGCAGUGGCUAUUUUUUGCGAAACCUCCUCCAACAGCACCAUCUCGAAGUCUUAUCCGCGAGGCUCUUUCAAAGCCCGUUGCAAGAAUGACUCCAAUUCCCGGGUCACUUAUUGAUGGCAAAUGGGAAGUCGGCUCACCUAUCAGCGUCAUGUUCACACUCCAGACCUCGGGAACAGGUACCCAAGUCAGGUCGUUCCAGUCAGAGUGUGGCUUGCAAGAGGCUGAGCUACGUGACAGUCAGGUUUGGAGCCAUCUCUGUGUCGGCGCAGCUGAUGAAGACAUCCAACACCUGGAUCUGGACAUCCGUGGACUGUAUACCCUUCUUCCUGAUUGUGGUACGGCACUGGGAACGUUGUACAAGAAGGAGGCGACUGACAGCUCGUCGGCUGUGUAUUUGUUCCUGGACCCCACGAAGAUCGGCCAUCCUGACAAGGAUUCCUGUGUGUUCUCUCUGGAGCAUAGCCGCAUCCCCGGGUACGCCAGGCGGAUGACUAUUGUCGAAUUUUCAUAUAAAUGGAGGGCUUUGAAGGUGACCUCGACAUCUACAAAUGUCGACGCAUUCUACCGGCCCUGGUACAAGGCCCCAGAAGCGAAAUUGAGCCCGUACGCCGGCUCGGAGGUGACUUACCGCAGCUUGAAAGCAGGCACCUGUGUUUCGAUCGGAGCCAAAGACUGCCACGAUACUUGCAUUUCUCUCAUCUCGUUAUCAGCCUCAGCAGCGACUUUCAACCUGCCAGACAACCCGAGUCCAUGGCAGGAAUUGGAUCCCGUGAGUUGUGCAACUGCACUGAAGGAUCUCGCAUGGCUGGCUCCAAAGAUUUCAAGCUGGUCACCGUUCCAAGGCUGGAAUGAGAUUGAUAUUGCAAGCGUUUCGCCGCACGGAGAUGGUCUCAUCUGUGGAAUGUGCUAUCCCCCAAUGCCCAAGGUCAUAUGGGGCCGCGAUAAGAGAGGACGCAUCGUGCCAUAUGAGGACCCCAAGGGUGCAGCCACCUUUGAGCGCGCUGUUAAGCACAAGCCAAUACCGUUUGUGGUUUUCCGCCAAGUCAACGAGAAUGGCAUUGGGGAAUACCAUAUCAUGCUAAAUGUGCAGUCUCUGGUCCAUCAAGCCUACGGCAAGCUCGUCGGUAACAUGAAAAGUGGUGGUCCCGCUGUUUUUUGGCGCCUGAUCCCAAACGCUUAUGACAUGGAAAGACAAGAACGAAGUGGAUUUACCUUGCUUAACAACAAGAGCGAUACCCCCUCCCGACAACCACCUCAUUUCCGCCAGCCCCUCAGAAAUGAACAGCUCCGAUCAUUGGCCUGGAUGAUGUCGCAGGAGGCUGAAGAUAUCGAGCCUUUUGUUGAGGAAGAAACCGAGGAGGCUGUUUUGCCUUUGAUGCCAUGGCGUGCCGAGGCCAAAGUGACCAUGCCUAAGACCAUCCGCGGAGGAGUCCUGGCCGACGAAGUUGGCUAUGGCAAGACGGCAAUCAUUCUUGCUCUGAUCGAUGCACAAUUUGAAAGCGACAAAAGUCGCCAAGCAGCUCCAGAUGACACCGAAUUGAUCCCAAGCAACGCCACCCUGAUUGUGGUACCGGGAAAUGUGUUCUCGCAAUGGGAUUCUGAGAUCGGCAAGUUCCUGGAUGAUCAAUACCACGUUCUUUGCAUCGGGACUCAUGCCAAGCUGGCAAACACAAGCAUUCAUGAGAUUCAGACGGCCGAUAUCAUCUUGUUAUCCUGGGCAAUCCUGAAAAGUCCAAGCUAUUACAGUGCAAUGCAACAUUUCACGGGUACUCCUCGAGCACCUGAAAAAGCCGGUCGAAAUUUCGAUAAUUGGUUCCAAGAUGCUCACAGCUCCCUGAAAGAUAGAGUCAACAAAUUGCGGAAGGAAGGACCCGAGGCAUUCUUGCGGGAUGUGCGAGCCAGGCGUCUUCAUUUGAAGGAAGACCAAGCCAACCUCACCUACGUACCAUCGCAGAGACUUCGAGGACAGGCAUACACUCUCGCCAACCAGGGACGUGAAGAAGCCGGGUUUCGGGAAUCAUCGGGGACCCAGACAUCCGCAACAGAUGAAGAAACUAAACCCGAUGAUGCCGAACCUGUUCUAGACGAUGCUGAAACAGAAUAUGACGAUUCUGACACCGAGAAUCAUGGCUCCAGACGAAAUGGGAAGCGCAAGUGUGGUCAACAGGAGGCCAAGGGCACAAGGCCUAAAUGGAAUGACCGACAGACAUUCAAUAUCCACCAAAGCAACGAAUCCCAGGACUGGCGCACAGUGAAACAUCCCAUACUGCAUGCCUUCAAAUUCAACCGGCUGGUCAUCGAUGAAUACACAUACUCGGGCGAGGAAAAACAAAUAUCGUUCCUGUAUCUGGCCGCGCGGUCCAAAUGGAUUUUGUCCGGCACGCCAGCGCUCGCCGAAUUUGCCGACGUCAAGAGUAUUGCGCGAUAUCUGGAUGCUCACCUCGGCAUUGAUGAUGACGGCGAUGCUCCCACACAAAACACGCGACUCAAGUUCAUUCGAAAGAACCACACGGCCGUUGAAGCGUUCCAGUUGUUCCAGCCUCCGCACAGCAACGCCUGGUAUGACAAUCGACACAGACAUGCCCAGAGCUUCCUCAACCGCUUUGCGCGUCAGAACAUGGCCGAAAUUGACCACAUUCCCCUCGAUACGCAUCUUGUUCUCUCCCAGAUGUCAUCAGCAGAACAAAAGGCCUAUGUGAUGCUGUAUAGCCGGCUGGUGGCCCAGAAAGGUCAACGGCGCAAGAUCAACAACCCAGACGACGAUCCCCAAAUUUCUGGUUUGAAUGAGAUCCUGACCAGCAGUCAGUCUGCACACGAGACUCUGGUGAAGUGUUGCACCGCUACCCGACUCAAGGAUGUUCCCUGGAGCAGUGACAAGUGUGAAUCGCAGAUUGCAACUCAGAAAAGGAUCUGCUCCGAUCUCUGGAAUAAGCUGGAGAUCUUGUUCAGACAGGCGGUUGUUGUUUGGAGCCAGUGCAACACUUAUUCGUGGCAAGCAACAGAAAUCCUGGAUGGAGUUUUUGUCACGGAAUUUGGGGGACCAGAUACAGUCAAAAGGGCGACCACGCUCAUUGAAACUUGCUACUCGUCAUGCAGGGAAUGGAUUGAAGCCGAGGAGUACCGCGACAUCAUGACAAAAGUGGACGCCCGGUUCACCAAGGUGACCAAAACAGCAGCCAUUGCAAACACGAAGAAGGCACAGGCCAAGACGACGAAGUCGAAAUCCAAAGAAACGGAACCUCGGCAGCCCUCACGCAAGAGGGUGAAACAGUCUGCAGAAUCACCUACCAAAGACGACCACUCAGAGUUGCAGGCUAAGGCAGAGAAGACUGUGAAAAAGGCGCUCUUGACCGAAAUGAGCCACUCUAUCAAGGAGCUCGUCAAAACCGAACGCGAUAUCCGAUUCUUCCAAACCAUGCGUGAUUUUCAAAAGACAACCAAGACCCCAGAGUGCGAAGGCUGCAAGGAUACCCCCAGCAACAAGAGCGAACUCAGAGUCAUCCGAUCCUGCGGACAUAUCCAUUGCCUGAAUUGCAUCGAGCGGACCGCAUUGAACAACGAGUGUCUGACAAGAGGGUGUACCGGGUCUACCGUACCAUCCAAGCUCAUCCCCUGCGUGGACGGAGAGAGAAACGGCAUCGGAAGCAGCAAGAUCAACAAGCUGGUGGAAAUCAUCCAGCAGACUCCCGUCGAUGAGCUGGUGCUGCUCUUCAUCCAGUUCGCAGAAUUGGAAGUGAUCGCUUCGCAGGCCCUUACCGCAGCGAAGAUCGAACACCGCGUGAGCAAGUCCAGAAACACAAAUGCCAUUCGCGACUUCAUUGAACCCAAAUCCACCAAGAAGGGCGGACAACCGUCCCGACCAAAGGUGUUGAUUCUCCGUCUGGGGAGUUCCAUGGCGGCGGGUUUGAACCUCCAAUGUGCCAACCAUGUCAUCUUCCUAUCACCACUACUCAAAGCCACCCAGUACGAAUGGGAAUCCGGCAUGACCCAGGCGAUAGGGCGAGUGCGCCGCUACGGACAAAAACGACACGUUCAUGUAUACCAUCUGCUGGCAAAACACGCCGCCGAUGUCAACAUCUUCCAGGAGCGACAUGGCCAGAUUCUGGUUGAGAGAGAUGGCGAGCCUGUGAUGGUGUCCCCGGAAGAGGUAUCGGGCAAUGACGUCGUUCGAUGCCAAGGUGAGCCGCUGGAUUUUGAGCAGUGA